AAAAUAAUAUCUGUAUUUGACAUAUAAACAUAUGGAAUGCAAUGUUGUCAUUUUCUCUUCAUCUUAAUUUGUUAAUCUUAGUGUUAUGAGAAAGGUCUGGAAUAAUUAAAGAAGACAAAAGACCCGGAAUUUUCGUGAAUCAUUCCACAUUCAAGGUAUUCUUAAGAUUACUCUUCGGUUGAUUUUAUUUUGAUGAUAUUUAAACUAGUAAUCUAAGAGAAAUAUGUCCUGGAAACAAGGCCACGAUUGCUACACAGACAAUAUUAAAGUAAAAAUUUCUGAGAGAUAUAAACCUCCUCCCCGUAUAAAUAUAGCAGUGACUUAUGCACAGAGGUUAAUCAUAAAUAAACAAACACAAGAUAAUAUUCCAAAAUAUGAAUUUACCACUGAAAGAAAUGUUUUGGAUAGUCUGAGGAACUGGAAAAGCGUUAGGGCAACUGCUUUCCAAGAGCGAAGAACAAAAAUUGAAAAAGCUAGGGAAGAAAUGAAACGAGUAGCAUUAGAAAGUGCUGAACAGUUAGAUGAAGUAGAGCUCAAGACUGUACAAGAGACUGCAAUUACGACGUGUACUAACAAUAACUUUAUUCCUACUUAUACAAGUGUACCAUUCAGUACUUCUAUUAAUCAGAGUUGCAUGAACUACUCGACAAAUAAUAGUAUUCUCGUUCCUACACAGGCUACUAAUCAUUAUUCUCACAUUUUAACCCCUGUUCCGUUACAAAAUAAUGAAAGCCAGCAAUAUAGUUGCAAACAACAUGAUAAAAGCCCGUUUAACAUUUCUGAUUUUGAAAAUGAUACCUCUAGUCCUUUUGAUAAUAUGGAACUGAAAUCUAUUAAUGAUAUGGAAGAGUUAGCCCAAGUUUUGAAUAAAGAAAAGAAGAGUUAUGAAAUGAAUACUCCUGUGUAUUCGAAUUUUCCGAAUGCUCAACCAACUAGUUCUCGAGUGCAACCACAAUAUGUGGGUUACCCAAAUAAUCAAUUUUAUAACAUUCCGCCUUCGAUUUCUUACAUGCAGCCACCUACAACAGACUAUUCACAAACUAAUGGUUAUUACUACCCCCAGAAUCAACCAUUGCAACAACAGUAUUUUUAUUCCAAACCCAGUACUGUAGACUAUAGGUAUGGUACAUCAAUUCAAUCUACUCCUUUUGAAACUAAAUCAUCUAACUGUCGAAGUGUCCCAGAUAUAGUGAAGGCUCUUGAAGAUGAACUGGAGAAUACCUGUAUUGGGGUCCAAACUCCAAAAAACUCAUUCAUUAGGACUAGUGUUACUUCUCAGAAUAGCCGACCUAAGAGCACUGACGCUGUAUAUCCAAGGCCAAAGAUAAAAACUGACCAGUUGGAUGACCCUUUCGAUUUAUUGACUAUAAAACAACAAGAAAUUUGUAGACAAAUAUGUUCAAUGGGGUUUCCCCUUCCUAGGGUGGCGAGGACUUACAAAAUAUUUGGAAAUGAUCAAAAGAAGAUGGUAGAACAUCUUUUGGCUUUAACAGAUCUUCUAGAUUUAGGAUUUCCGGAAAAAGAUGUCUCAGAUGCAUUGGUGCAGUGUGACAAUGAUCGGGACAAAGCCCUGGAUAAAUUGAUAUCAUAAAAUUCUCGUAUGGGUAUGGCUGUGCUGUUACAUAAUCUGUAUGCUGAAACAUAAUUUAUACUUAUUUAUUUGUAAAUAAUCAUUUGUACCCUCUUUGAGACUUUUACUUUAUCAUAUUUUAAGAACAAAACGAAUAAAAUUAUUAUCGAUGCAA